UAAGUUUUGUUUCAAAUUUCGAAGACAGCGCUGUUAACAUUACAUCAAUCAAGACGGAAAUGGAACCUUUGUUGGAAGAUUAUGUCUCUCCGGAUGAUUUAAAGAAAUUUGAAGAGUUGUAUCAUAAUCAGCUGAAACAUGGAAAUUUGACAUCUAAAACACAGUUUGAAUAUGCAUGGUGUCUCAUUCGUAGUCAUUAUCCUGCAGAUAUCAGAAGAGGAGUGGUUCUUUUAGAAGACCUUUUUACACAUGGAGAUGACAAUGCCAAACGUGACUACUUGUUUUAUCUAGGAGUAGGAAACACAAAGUUGAAGGAAUAUAACACUGCUCUAAGAUAUGUCAAAAACUUCCUUAGUGUGGAACCAGCAAAUCGACAAGCUCAAGAAUUAGAGGCAUACAUUAAGAGUCGUAUGAGGAAAGAAGGUUUAAUGGGAAUGGCCAUUGUUGGAGGAGCAGCCAUCGCUCUUGGUGGAUUAGUGGGUCUUGGAGUAGCUUUAUCCAAAAAGUGAUGUUGAUGACACUGUUUCUUAGGUGUGUGUUUAUACUGACAAGCUGUUGGUUACCUGCAAGACACUGAUUCAAUGCAUUCCUAAAUGAAACAAAAUCUUCAAAUCACAAUCACUAGUGUUUGUUUUUUUUCUGUUGUUUUAGUGUUCUUAAUUUUUUUUAUUUAUUCUUGAUUAUUUUGCAUAAUGGAUAAAAAGUGUUAAUGAAAGUAAUUGUAUUGAUUUUUGGAUCUUCAGAUCAUAUAAUCUUGCAGAGUAAUGCUGUAACUAUUGUAUUUUCACACUUCUCAUAAUUCAUUGUUAUCCAAAGGUAACAAGAAACAUGAUUAGAAAUAAUAAAAGUGUUACCAAUACCUUUAGUGAUAUUUAUGUUGUAUUUAUACUUGUAACGAAUUAUGAAAGUGAUAUUUAACAAUAAAAAUUAAAAGCGUAUAAAAGCUUUUUUUAUUUGUCAUUGAAAUAUAAGUUGUAAUAAAGUAUUUUAGCUGAUGUUACAAUUACAUAAAUGUGCCAUGCAAAAGCAAGCCACAUUAACCAUUUUGUUUGAGUAAGUAGUAAAGCAGAAGGUAUCACUGUUUUGGUCAUAGAAUGAAAUUUUGUAACUAUAAAAAUAAAUGAAAUAAAUACUUUUAAACACAGUCUACAUGGAUAAUUCUUGCAGUUGUAUUUUUCAGAAAUUGCAUGAAAUAUAUUGAUGCCUUUAUCUAAAAUA